UAAGCCCAUCCACAGUGAUGGCCACAGCCUUACCCAGGACCCUGGGGGAGCUGCAGCUGUACAGAAUAUUGCAGAAGGCCAACCUGCUUUCUUACUUCGAUGCCUUCAUCCAACAAGGUGGCGAUGACGUCCAGCAACUUUGUGAAGCUGGAGAGGAGGAAUUUUUGGAAAUCAUGGCGCUCGUGGGCAUGGCAAGCAAGCCCCUUCACGUUCGAAGGCUGCAGAAGGCUUUGAGAGACUGGGUUACAAACCCUGGCCUUUUCAAUCAGCCACUGACUUCCCUUCCGGUCAGUAGCAUACCCAUCUAUAAAUUACCAGAGGGAUCACCAACCUGGCUCGGCAUAUCCUGCAAUAGUUACGAAAGGAACAGCAGCGCCCGGGAACCCCAUCUAAAGAUCCCUAAGUGCGCCGCCACCACGUGUGUGCAGAGCUUGGGUCAGGGCAAGUCGGAGGUGGGAAGUUUGGCGCUGCAGAGCGUCGGCGAGUCCAGGCUCUGGCAAGGACACCACGCCAGUGAGAGCGAGCACAGUCUCUCCCCAGCCGACCUGGGCUCCCCGGCUUCCCCGAAGGAGAGCAGCGAGGCUCUGGAUGCUGCCGCCGCGCUCUCUGUGGCCGAGUGUGUGGAGCGGAUGGCGUCCACGCUGCCCAAAAGUGACUUGAACGAAGUGAAAGAGCUGCUCAAGAACAAUAAGAAGUUGGCCAAAAUGAUUGGUCACAUCUUCGAGAUGAGCGAUGAUGACCCACACAAGGAAGAGGAGAUUCGAAAGUACAGCGCCAUCUAUGGACGGUUCGACUCCAAGAGAAAGGAUGGCAAACACCUCACAUUGCAUGAGAAAGAGCUUAUUGGAUCUGAAGAAGAACUUGUUAUCUUAGUGGAGUCCAUGGGGACCCCAAAAGGCCACCAGGGAGACAGACUCACGGAAAUGCAAAGGCAAGGGUUUUUGUGUGCGCAUUACAAGCCGGCAGGGACCUCGUCAGCGCGCAGCAGCCGCAAGAGGAGGUUAAAAUGUGGUGAGCGAGAAGAAUUGUCUCCGAAGAGAAUUAAAGUGGAGGAUGGAUUUCCAGAUUUCCAGGAAUCUGUGCAGACGCUCUUCCAGCAGGCCAGAGCCAAGAGUGAGGAGCUUGCGGCCCUCAGUACUCAGCAGGCUGAAAAGGGAAUGGCCAAGCAGAUGGAGCUCCUGUGUGCCCAGGCCGGCUACGAGAGGCUGCAGCAGGAGAGGAGACUGGCGGCUGGGCUCUACAGGCAGAGCUCCGGAGAGCACAGCCCAGACGGUCUGCCCUCUGAUGGCUCUGACGGACAAGGGGAAAGACCUUUGAAUCUCCGAAUGCCUAACGUACAGAACCGGCAGCCCCAUCAUUUUGUGGUCGAUGGGGAGCUGAGCAGACUUUACUCCAGCGAGGGGAAGUCCCACUCGUCAGAGAGCCUUGGCAUCUUAAAAGACUAUCCUCACUCCGCUUUCCCCAUGGAAAAGAAAACUAUUAAGACGGAGCCCGAAGACCCAAGAUAGCUGACACUCUCCCACUGCUCUCUGCAAACGGCAGCGGAUUCAAGGAUAAUGCUCCAUCAUAGAAUAAAUAAGCCUUAAUAACCACUGUUGCCUCAUUCAGCUCAAACAGAUCACAGCCAAAGCAUAAGAACUCACACAGUCUGCGGAAGCCAGGACAAAGCAACAGCCACAGAGGAGGAAAUCAAGAGAGCGUUGCGACAUAAUAAACACUGACCGUUACCUUUCUCUGUAAGUUGUUCGUAUGGAGAGGCUCGAUAUUGUAAGCAUCUGCUAUUUAAGAGUGUACAACGUGUCUUGUGUAAUUUAUAGAAGCAAAUCUAGGUGUUGAAACCUUUUGUCUAAACCUUAGGUCUAAUAGAUGUGGAUGCCCAUUCUUUUUACUUGAAAUUCUGUCUAAACGUAUUUAUGGUAAAUGUCCCCAUCACCGUUUCGGACUCGUGCAGUCAUAUGGAGAAAGCCUCGGCAAUGUAGCGAUGGGCACGGUGGCAGUGACGGGAGAGAGAUGGAAGGCAACUACUCGGUUUACACCAAGGAAGAGGCUGUGUACUGACUACUUGAUUAAAAUUGAUGUUGGUUCGCGGGAAAUGUGUAGCCGGUUUAUGACAGGCGCUCGAGAUGUAAGAAAGUAGGACAGACAGCUUGAAAUAAAUGAGCUAACUCUGCGAGCCCUGACGUAAACAUUGGUGUUUCCGAAUACGCUGAGUAAAUUAAGGCAUAGUAAGUUAACACACCUCCGUGUGAUAAAGAUGGCGACCUGGGUGAAUC